AUGUCUAACGUUCUAUCCUACCCGAGUCUGAAAUGUGUUAUCGAGUUUUUGGAGCCUAUGAAGCGAAUGCACAUUGCCAUCCGCAGUUCUUCACUUCGACAAUACGAAAAAUCAAUACCAAUUCGGAUUGAGAGUUUGGGGAUUGGUGAGAAUUAUAUGGAACUGAACAAACGAGUUGUUGAAAUCGACACAGAUAAUGAACUGAACUUUGAAUAUAAAAGGAAACCCAUCUGUAAACGACGGUUCCCGACAGAGGUCACACCACAAGAAGCCUUUCAUAAAGUGAUGAUCUCAUAUAUUGGAAAAAGGUUGACUGAUCACGUCAACAAACUUGUCUUUAAUAACUUGUUAUCGGUUCUUAACCUUCCGUAA